AUGGUCCUGACAGCUUGUGUCCCAUCCUCCUCUCUCUUGCAGGUAACAAUCUGUGCGAAUGUCCAAGGAAUGAAAAUUAAGUCUGGCUCAAUGGGAAAAGCAUCUCCACCCUACGAUGUCCAGGUAAUUGAUGAUGAAGGAAAUAUUCAGCCCCCCGGAAAAGAAGGAGACGUGGCCAUCAGAAUCAAACCCAAACGACCAUUCUGUCUUUUCUUGAAAUACACAGACAACCCAGAAAAAACUGCAGCCACUGAAUGUGGGGAUUUUUACAUCACCGGAGACAGAGCGGUCAAAGAUGAAGAAGGCUAUUUUUGGUUUGUUGGGCGGUCCGACGACAUCAUCAAUUCUUCGGGAUAUCGCAUUGGCCCUUUUGAAGUGGAGAGUGCUUUGAUGGAACACCCAGCAGUGGUAGAAUCCGCUGUUGUCAGUAGCCCAGAUCCUAUUAGAGGAGAGGUGGUCAAAGCAUUUAUCAUCUUGUCCCCUGAUUUUCUAUCCCGCAAUCCAGAGGCGUUAAUCCAAGAACUCCAGGACUAUCUGAAAAAAUCUACAGCUCCAUAUAAAUAUCCCAGGAAGAUCGAAUUUGUCCAAGAGCUUCCCAAAACAGCAGCUGGAAAAAUUAAACGGAGUGUCUUGCGGAAACAAGAAUGGAGUGAAGUCAAACGCCGGCUCGACCUUCCCAAAUAAAACAUGUUUCCAUUC